AAUACCGCAUGUCAAAACGUCAUAAAGAUGCGCCGGAAGUGACGGCAUCGCUGCCUGUCAGAAAAAUAUGAGCGCCUGUAGAGGAUUUGCCCUUCUCUCCCGCAGUGUGUGGGCUGCGUCGCGCUGUCAGGUGCUCAAAACAAGGCAGCUUCCCUCUUGUGCCUGUGCUGCUACCCAGGGCUACAGACAUGUAAGAACUAGCAGCCAUGCUGCAUCUACUGCGAUGCCAGGGACUCCUCCAAAUGACAUACAGUCCAGAGUGCAGAAGCUGAUAUGUACUACUGAUGAGCCAGACGUCCUGUACAAGAAGAUAGAAGUGUUAGCAAAGGGCCAUGACAAAUCUGUGCUGGAUAGUUACGAAUACUUCACAGUCCUGGCAGCUAAGGAGCUUGGCCUGUCUCUGGAAGUGCAUGAGCCAAAGAGGAAGAUUGAACGUUUCACCCUCUUAAAAUCAAUACACAUUUUUAAGAAGCACAGGGUGCAGUAUGAGAUGAGGACACAUUACAGAUGCUUUGAGUUAAAACACCUGACCGGAAGCACUGCUAACGUUUACUUAGAAUACAUCCAGCGCAAUCUCCCUGAAGGUGUGGCCUUAGAGAUCAUAAAGACUACACUUGAGAAGUUACCAGAACAUCUAAAACAGCCAAUAUGGGACAAACUGGAGAGCGUGGAGCAGACGGAGCGUGCUUGAAUUGUCAUUGCCCUUCUGAGCCUAUAGUAAACCUGUUGUAAUAAAAUAUGUUGUGUAUCA